UCGUUGGCCUACUCUAACAUAUUGGCCGAAUGGCUCACAAGCAACAAACAGUCCAGAGUUUACAUUCCCGAAGAGCCCUUCCCACACGCGGCGCUCGUACGCGGCGGACGACUCAAACAUUUCUCAAGCAUUAGUCUCGACUCAUUCAACACUGAAUUCAAAACGCCUUGCAUUGUGUUCACUGGUCAUCCAUCCCUUCGUUUCGGUGAUAUCGUCCACUUAAUUGAAUUGUGGGGCAAUUCGUCCAAUAAUCUCAUUGUCUUUACCGAGCCUGAUUUUCCAUAUAUGGAGGCGUUGUCCCCAUACCAGCCGUUGGCAAUGCGUGUGGUUUACUGUCCGAUCGACACGAGUCUUAACUUUUCUCAAGCGAACAAAUUGUUACGCGAUUUGAAACCUAAAAAUCUAAUAAUCCCUCAAAGCUAUACAACUCCGCCACCACUUCUUAAACACCGAACAGAUUUGGUGAUCGAUUGCGAGGCAACUGUUUUUUCAUACAAACGAAAUAAUGUCAUAAAACUGCCGAUUAAGAGAUGUUUCGAAAGAAUUGAUAUCGAAUCCGAUGUAAAGAGUUUACCACAAUUGGCGUCCAAUCUAUUGCCAGUGGAAGUGCGUUCGGGUGUGAGUAUAGCGACAGUGACGGGCACUCUGAUGGCCAAAGACAACAAAUUCAAGCUCCAGAAGUUGACCAAAUCUCAAAUGCAUGAACUGACGAGUGAAUCGCCCACUCAUACCCUUCCGCCCAUUAACUACACGUGG